CUGCUGGGGAGUCAUAGAGGCCCAGCCAAGUCUGGCCAGAGCUGCUGUUUCCACUGCUCUGCUGCCUGCCCAGGGGACAGACAUGGCCCAGGAGCAACCGGCCUGCGCCAUGAAGCCUGAACAGCUCCAGCAGCUGCUGCUCGCCUCCCGGGAGGCCAAGAAGGCAGCUUACUGCCCCUACAGUCACUUUCCCGUGGGGGCCGCCUUGCUCACCCGGGACGGGAAGAUCUUCUCGGGGUGCAAUGUAGAAAAUGCCAGCUACCCGCUGGGCAUCUGUGCUGAACGGACUGCUAUCCAGAAGGCAGUCUCAGAAGGGUCCAAGGAUUUCCUGGCAAUUGCUGUCUCCAGUGACGUGCAAGAUGAUUUUAUCACACCAUGUGGGGCCUGCAGGCAAGUCAUGAGAGAGUUUGGCACUAAGUGGGCCGUGUACAUGACCAAGCCGGAUGGGACGUACGAUGUCAAGACAGUCCAGGAGCUGCUUCCUGCCUCCUUUGGACCUGACGACCUGCAGAAGACCUAGUGAUGGCCAGAAAACACCCACUGCCAGAGGGAGCCUAGGCAGCACCUAGAGAAUGUCGUGAAGACGUUCUCACAGACCUGGGGACACCUGCGCAGUGGGUCCCAACCCUGUGGGGGCUGGGCAGGAAUGAUGCUCCCAAAUCACACUCCAGCCUGUGCUGGCACCCCUCCUUCCAGCACCCCUCCUUAUAACCCACCUUGUCCUGCCUGGGCUCAGAACACCCCACCCUUCUUUUCCUUCCUGCGGGCCCUCUUUAAAAUUUCAGCCUAGUCUGGACUGCUUUUCUGCCAGCCUUCCCAGGGUUCCAUCCUGUUCUGAACAGUUUUUCUAAUUAUAAACAUCACAGAACAUCCUGACUCAGAA